UCUCUCUUCCAGCGCGGACUAGCAGACAGAAGAAAGGACUGAAAAAUAGAAAGAAGGAAAUGGAUGAUGCUGAAGGAAGAAGAGAAGAAAAGAAAAUGAGGGAAGGUAUGAUAAUCAGUACGGGACUAAAAACAGUGGUGGAAGCCAUUCACGCAAGCCCCACGCAGUCCGUCCUCUAUCUCUCUGGCGGAGCCUCUCAGGCUGUUGCGUGGCUGCUAUCCGUUCCUGGAGCCUCAAGCACAGUCCUCGAAGCCGUGGUGCCCUACUCCAGAAUGUCUAUGAUCCAGUUACUCGGGAAGAUUCCGAACCAGUUUUGUAGCUCACAUACUGCUGAAGAAAUGGCUUUGUUGGCCUACAAUCGCGCUCUCAAGCUCUCCUCACCAGGUUCUCCGGUUGUUGGUGUGGGUUUUACUGGUACUUUGGCUACUUCACGUCCAAAACUCGGGGAGCACAGGCUUCACUUGUCAACAAGGACAUCUGACAGACUCUGGGUAUCAACGGUGACCCUUUCUAAGGGUUUACGAAAUCGAGAGGAAGAAGAUAUGGUUGCAAGUCAUCUUUUACUCAAGGCAAUUGCAAAUGCAUGUAAAGUUCCCGGGACAUUUGUUUCAGAGCUCACUGACUCCGAAGUACCUGAUGAAUGUGAAAAGCAGUUCAGUGAAGAUGAAGAGUUGGAGCAACUAAUAAAUGGGCAAAUAUGCUUUAAGGUUUAUCCGUUUUUGAGUGAGCCACACAUGUCAACUGCAGAAAGGAAGAUAAUACUGUCUGGUUCUUUUAAUCCAUUACAUGAAGGUCACAUGAAGCUCAUGGAGGUUGCUACUAGCUUGUGUGGCAAUAGCUCCCCAUGCUUUGAAAUAUCAGCAGUCAAUGCUGACAAACCUCCACUUUCAACAUCACAAAUCAAAGAUCGUGUCAAGCAGUUUGAAAGAGUUGGAAAAACAGUAAUUAUAUCCAAUCAGCCAUACUUUUAUAAGAAAGCUGAACUUUUCCCAGGCAGUGCUUUUGUGAUUGGUGCUGACACAGCAGCAAGGCUGAUUAAUCCCAAAUACUAUGACGGGGACUACAAGAAGAUGCUGGAGAUACUUAUUGGAUGCAAGAAAACAGGGUCCACUUUUCUCGUGGGUGGUCGUAAUGUGGAUGGUGUUUUCAAGGUUCUUGAAGAUUUUGAUAUUCCAGAGGAGUUAAGAGAUAUGUUCAUCUCAAUACCAGAAGAGAAGUUCCGCAUGGAUUUAUCCUCCACUGAAAUUAGGAAACGACUUGAGAAGUAAAUGUCGCAGUAGCUUGGAGCAAAGCAUUGGCUUCUGCCUGCCUCCUACAUAUGAUUCUGAAAGAAAAGCAAAAGCAUGGCUGCUGACUUGCCUGAGUGAAUAAAAGGCGAUACAAGAACUAGAGUAUCCAUCCAUAUGUAAUGUUUA